CACUGGAAGUUUCCAUGAUUUUGUAUUCCAUCCAAAUAAGAGAAAUUUCUAACAUUGAUAAACAGUUCCUGUGUGAAUCCCCCACAUCUCGUUCAUAGCCAUGGCGCAUAUUCUGCAACAAAUCUUGUUUCAGAGCCCUCCAUCUUUAUAUCUCAAAGCUACUGGAAUCUUGACUCUUAUCGGGGGCUUUAAUGCUGCAUACUCAGAGGUCAAAGGUACCAAUCUCACAUACUCCAAAUUCGCUAAGACAAUAGAAGUAAAACAAGCCAAGAAGGUAUCCAGCAGAAAUGGCAUGCUUAUUUGCUAUGGGCCAGCCUCAGUAGCUUCAUCAGCGUUCUUGCUUUCCAAACUGGGAUACAUUGGAUCAACAGGCCCACAUCUGCUCACCCUCGCAUCUGCUUUAACUAUACACUUCCUCAAAAGAGAAUUGGAGGUUCUGUUUCUGCACCGUUACUCUGGUGAUAUGCCCCUGCAAACUGCGCUGUUGAUUUCAUUUUCAUAUUUCUUUCAAACUGUUAAUCUGUUGUACGCCCAGCAGCUCUCAGAGGGCAUGCGACCACCGGGUAGGGAUUUAAUGUGGGUUGGAGUUGUGUUGUUUUGUAUAGGCAUUGGGGGAAAUUUGUAUCACCAUUAUCUGUUAUCAAAGCUCAGAAAGGAUGGGAAAACAGGAUAUGUGGUGCCAAGUGGAGGUUUGUUUGAUUUGGUGGUGUGCCCACAUUAUCUUUUUGAGAUUGUUGAUUGGAUUGGCUUGGCCUUCAUUUCUCAAACUCUCUACAGUUGGGCUUCUGUGGUUUGGACAGUGAUAUACCUGGCUGGUAGAAGCUAUGCCACCAGGCAAUGGUAUUUGCAGAAAAUGGAAAACUUCCCCAAGCAAAGAAAAGCUCUUUUCCCUUUCAUAUUCUGAAUCUUGUAAUUUGCUGAAGUAUAAUUCUGUUAUCAUAUUUACUCAUCUGAUCAUAGCUUUUGUCACUGCUUAUAUUGCCAUUCCCUGCUUGAUACGAAGUAUUUUGGCUCUUAUUGUGUUGGUUUA